UCUCAACAUGUCUUUGUCAAGAACAUUGAUCACCACCUCCUUUUGUGUCUUAUCAUUCACUCUCAUCCUCCUCCCAAUAAGCGUUAAUGGAGUUGGUCCUCUCUAUCACUUUUGUUCAACUUCACAAAACAACUUCAGUUCUCAUAGCCCUUAUGAGACAAACUUGAACAACCUAAUGGCUUAUCUAUACCACCAAACACCUUCAAAAGGUUUUGGUCUUGGCAAAUUAGGCCAAAACCAAGACAAAGCAUAUGGACUUGCUCUAUGCAGAGGUGAUGUCUCCACCCCGGAUUGUAAAACUUGCGUUGCAGAGGCAAGCAGCGAAAUCCGAAAGCGCUGCGCGAACAACAAAGGUGGAGUCAUUUGGUACGAUAAUUGUAUGUUGAAGUACAUGGACAAGGAGUUCUUUGGACAAAUUGAUAAUCAAUAUAAGUUCUAUAUGUGGAACACAAAUAAUGUUAGUGAUCCGAUUGUGUUUAACAAGAAUGUGAAGGCGUUGUUAGGGAAAUUAGGUAUGGAAGCCGCGUCGAGUUCGAAGUUGUACUCUGUUGGAGAGAUGGAGAUGAAGGGAUCGGAGAAAUUAUAUGGUUUGGCUCAAUGCACUAGGGAUCUUACUAGUGUUGAUUGUAAGAAGUGUAUUGAUGGUGUGAUAGGGGAGCUUCCGAGUUGUUGUGAUGGGAAAAAAGGGGGAAGGGUUGUUGGUGGGAGUUGUAAUGUUAGAUAUGAGAUUUAUCCUUUUGUCAGUACUGCUUAAAUUAAGUUUUAUUGAAAAAUAAUUACUUAAUGAGUACUAUGUAUUUUAGGAUUUAGGAUUUACAAUUUGAAAUAAAUGAAUAAAUAGAGGUAUUAUCAUACCUUUUGAUGUUGAA